AAAGGAGUCUGAAGGUCCUGCAGAGAUCCAGUGAGCACUUUGGGCCCAUGGUCUCACGGAGCAGCUCCAGGAUGUUCCAGCUGCUCCAGGGUCACAACCAGCCAGCUGGACAACGAAACCACAGAACCCGCCUGGUCACCAAAGACGGGCACUGCAACAUUGAGUUCGGGAACAUCGAGUACAGUAACCAGUUUGCGUACCUGGUAGACUUCUGGACCACCUUUGUGGAGAUUCGCUGGCGGUUUGUUCUCCUUUUGUUUGUGGCUGUGUUCACAGGCAGCUGGUUCAUUUUCAGCCUGCUGUGGUACUGGAUUGCAAAGAGCAACGGGGAUCUGGCUGGACAGAACCACACUGAAGGACACAUCCAGUGUAUAGACAACGUUAACGGGCUCACAACGGCAUUCCUGUACUCAUUAGAGACCCAGACCACCAUUGGGUAUGGAGGCAGGGCACUGACUGGCCACUGUGCUGGCACGGUGGCUCUAAUUGUCAUCCAGUCUCUAGUUGGGGUUUUUAUCAACUGCUUCAUGUGUGGUAUCAUCCUAGCUAAAAUCUCCUUACCAAAGAAAAGGGCAAAGACUGUGACCUUCAGCCACACAGCUGUCAUCUGCUUGAAGAAAGGAAGUCUGUGUCUCCUGAUCAGAGUGGCCAACCUUCGAAAGACCUUACUAAUCGGAAGCCAGAUCUAUGGGAAGUUGCUGAGGACAACGACCACACCGGAUGGCGAGACCAUCAUCCUGGACCAGGUGGAUAUUGACUUCAUGGUUGAUGCUGGCAAGGAUAACUUGUUUUUUGUUUGCCCCUUGACCCUGUACCAUGUGAUUAACAGAUCGAGUCCUUUCUUUGAUUUGUCGGCUGACACCCUUCCUCAGCAGGACUUUGAAUUGGUGGUCUUUUUGGAUGGGACAGCCGAGUCCACCAGCUCCUCCUGUCAGGUCCGAACUUCCUACAUCCCACAGGAGAUCCAGUGGGGAUACAGCUUUCUGCCGAUUAUCUCCCGCACCAAGACAGGAAAGUACCAUGUGGAUUUUUCUAACUUUUCCAAGAGCGUCCGGGUCACCACUCCACACUGCGUCCACUGCUUUGAGGCCGACGUAGACCAGAGAAACCACAACAACCACAGCCAAGAAAAUCACAAUAACCAGCUAAAGAGGGGGAUUGAUAACCCGGGCUUUCAGGUGAUUGACAUACAUGACUCUGUGGAUGUCACUACAAUGUGAGCUGGUAGAAAAGGAGCCUACGCUUUCAUUGAAACUGUGAAUCAGAAUGUGGGAAGUAAAGUGGUAAAAGCUGGCGCCUAUCACUUCCUUUGAACCAGUUUCACUCUAAGUCAGACUGCACCGGCGAAUAAAUAUUUGGUCACGGUGAACCAUUCAGCAUCUGAAUUGUUGUCAGCUCUUUUUCCUUAAACAGAACGAACAUCCACAGCUGUUAAACUGUUUGAAAAAAAAUCAGACAGAGUGGGAGUUGCUCAUUGCAAUCAAACCUCUGUUGGGACUUUGAAUAGGUAACGUCAGAAAGAUGGAUUGUAGCUCUGACGCACAGAAAAUGAAAGGGGGUAAAAGAGCAGAUGCACAGUGGGUACUUCUUGAGAAGAUUAGGACCUGAGCCUGUUAUAAUGAAAAGUGUGUGCCUUAAAGGCUGCAGGAGGAAAUAAAAGGUAGUGCCUUUUGAGUUUGCAUAUUAUUUCUAUUACAACACUAACUUUGUGGUGUUUUUUGUCAUUUUGACAGAUCCUGUAUGCCUGAAUAAUUAGGAAACUGGGAUUUUAACUGUGACCAGUCUACAUUUUGUAGAUCAUCCUGUG